CGGAAGUUGUGCGGCGGUGAUUGGUCGGCUGGAACAUGGCGGAGAAGAGUGGGGCGAAGCGGCUGCGGGAGGGGGACGCCCAAAAGAUUGACUGGCGCAAAUGGAAGCAACAAAAAAAAGAAGAGAAGAAAAAAUGGAAGGAGGUGAAACUGGUGAAAAAAAUGGAGAAGCAGAAAAUGCAGGAACUGAUGGAGAAGCAGAAGGCAGAGACCAAGCCGAAGGAAGAUAAAGGGCGUCACUACACCGUCAGUGUGGCACUUCCGGGAUCCAUUCUGAGCAACGCCCAGUCUCCAGAGCUGCGGACGUACCUUGCCGGCCAGAUCGCCCGGGCCUCCGCCAUCUUCUGCGUGGACGAGAUUGUGGUGUUUGAUGAGCAGGGAGAAGAUGCAAAGACAGUGGAAGGCGAGUUCGAGGGCCUCCGAAGGAAAGGCCAGGCCUGCGUUCAGCUGGCUCGGAUUUUGCAGUACUUGGAAUGCCCUCAGUACUUAAGGAAAUCUUUUUUCCCCAAGCACCAGGACCUGCAGUUUGCAGGGCUGCUAAAUCCUUUGGACAGUCCCCAUCAUUUGCGGAUAGAUGAGGACUCAGAGUACCGGGAAGGUGUGGUUUUGGCCCGGCCCACCAAGCCUGGCCGAGGCUCCUUCGUUAACUGUGGGAUGCGGAAGGAGGUGCAGAUAGACAAGCAGCUGGAAGCUGGACUGCGGGUCACGGUGCGGCUGGACGGGCCGCAGAAUCCAGGCAGCAAAACGCAGAGAGGCACCGUGGUCUCGUCGCAUCAGCCCCGCACCGCUUCCGGCCUUUACUGGGGCUACAACGUCCGCUUGGCAUCUUGCUUGAGUGCCGUGUUUGCUGAGUCCCCGUAUAAGGACGGCUACGACCUCUCCAUCGGCACCUCGGAGCGAGGGAUCCCUGUGGAGCAGGCAGUCCUGCCGCCUUUCAGGCACGCUUUGAUCGUUUUUGGAGGCCUGCAGGGGCUGGAGGCCGGCAUGGAUGCUGACCCGAACCUGGAGGUCACAGAUCCGAGCACAUUGUUCGACCUCUACCUUAACACCUGCCCGGGGCAGGGCAGCCGCACCAUCAGGACCGAGGAAGCCAUCCUCAUCUCCCUCUCGGCACUGAGGCCUCGCAUCGCCGGAGCAGCGAAGGAGGGCGGCAACGGGGGCGUGAAAGCGAGCCAGCAAGCGGGCUAAGAUGCAGGAGGACCUCACUUUGCUCCAGAGCUUGCUUUUCAACCCUGAAAAGCCAACGAGGCGGGAGCUCUUCCGUGGCCACACAAGGGGACCACCUUCCUCUUCGUUCUUCCUCAGAAAUGCAGCAGACAAAGAAUUCUUACGUAGGAGCUUUUUGCAUUCUGUGGCAAGACUGGGCAGAUGGAUGAUUUGACACGGGGAUGGAGGACUGUGGAAAGAUCUAUUAGGACAGGCGAAUGCAAAAGGCAACCUUCAGAAGCACUUUUUGAAGGAACUUACUUGGAGGAAUAACUGCAAAUCACGCCGUCUCGGGGUACUUAAUAUGCCGAGGCUACCUAUUGACUUCCCUGUCUGUCUGCUGGUUGCGGGCUGCCCAGAUUGGCAAACUGCCCUCGUGUUGUCUGAACACAGCAGGGGUGGCUGGUUGAAUUGGAUGACAAACCACUGGAACCCAUGGGCUUCUGGGGCGCUUUGUUAGCCCCCCAACAAGCCACUCUUCCUGGAUUCGGACACGAGUCUGCAGCAACAAGUACAGUGAUGCGGACUGGCUGAGCAAACCAGACCAUUCUGUGUGGAAAGAAGGGGAGAAUGUUCUGGGAUGUUAUUUCAUAGUAUUGCCUUCUGAAAAAUAAUUAUGAAUAUGUUUAAAAAGAAA